AUGGCUGAUUCGGAGCCGACUGUGCUGAGAAAGGACCAGCUUGAGGUCAGUCUGUACAAAGAAAAGAAGCUCAUCCAAGAAGGUACUAUCAAAGAUGAUAACCCAUUGGACCUAAGUGAGCCUUUUCGGGAAUUAUGCAGCGCUUGUCGACAGGGCGAUUUGAAGGUGUGCCAGGAAAAGAUUACGGAGGGUGUCAAUGUCAAUGCCCGUGAUUCAUAUGAUUAUACACCAUUGAUCCUGGUGAGUUCUGGGAAUACUAUACGAAUUCAAGUUGCCAGUCUUUGUGGGCACUAUGAAGUAGCCCAGCUUUUGCUGGAAUCAGGUGCAUUGUGUGAAAGAGAUACUUUCCAAGGAGAAAGGUACUCUCUUACCUCAACCCUAAUAAACGCAUCAUCGACCGACCCGCUGCAACCACUCGCAAGCCAUAUAGCCUCCCUUUUGACUCGAGAGAUCCCAGUCACUACAGAUAUUGUCGUGACUUCCUCUGACGAGUCAGUUCACCUGCAUAAAUUCAUCUUGGCAGCUCGCUCUCCCUAUUUCCACAGGAAACUCGCAACAUCCCCAGAAUCCACAGCAUGGAAACUCCCUAGUAACAUUGCCCCAGCAGCAUUUAUCGCUGCAAUUCGAUAUCUCUAUUUUGGAGAACCUCCUCGAGAGCUUCGAAGUGGGCCUGGUACUGGGUUCACUGAGUCAGAAGUAUUUGCGGCGAUUGACAGAAUCUCCAAAGACCUCGAAAUUCAAAGUCUGAUGGAUAGUAUUAUGGACAGUGGGGACAGGAGACUGGCUAGACAGCGGCGAACUACGGAGCUGGCGAAGGGUCGAGACCAACUCGAAAAAUGGUACCGUGCCAAUAUUCUUGCCAACAAAAUCAUUCUUCCGACCUCACAGGUCAGUGAAGUGAAGUGGGAUCACAGCAAUGCAAUUUUUGCAGAUGUUCUUCUUCAGUCUGAUGAACUUCCUGAAGAAGUUGAGCAGGGCGAAUGCCCGAAAUCAACGAUAUUCCCAUGCCACCGGGCCAUGCUGCUCCGCUCUGAGUUUUUCCAAACCAUGUUCUCCUCUGGUUUCCUUGAAGCGCAAAGCUCAGAACACCUGCAUGUUAUUGACAUUGACUGCUCUCCAGAUGUACUGGAAAUCGUUCUCACCUUUCUGUACACCGAGCGUGCAGACUUCUCUUUGGAGGUUGCAGUGGACGUUCUCUUUGCCGCCGACAUGCUCUUAAUUGAAAAAUUAAAGACCAAAGCCGCCGUCGUAAUCAGCACACUGGGUAGUUCCGGCAUGUCUCAAGCCGAGGCAGCGAAGACUCGAGGCAAAGAUGAAGAUGAUAUUGACAUUUAUGCAAUCAUGCGUGCUGCAUGGUUGACUCGUGUCCAACGUCUUGAGGAAUUCGCUGGUAGAUUCCUGGCGUAUCGAUUGGAAGCCCAUAUCGAUACGCCCGAAUUUGCGGAACUCAUUCGAGAGUCAGCAUCACGUAUCAAGGAGCGUCAAGAGGUUGACUCUAUUGAACUGAUUGAUGAUAUUCGGUUUUAUUUGAAUGAACGUUUCCGAUUGAGAUUUGACGAUGCCGGUAUUGACGAAAUGAUAAAUGAACAGGAGAAGCCUGCAGAGAGCGAUCCAGCCGAGCAACCGGAAGAUAUUUCUCAAAUCGCAGAGGGUGUCAAAGCACUCGCUGUAGCUGAAACUGCUCAACUCAACGGAAUAGUUCCAGACGCACACGAAAAGCAGCAGGUGCCUGGAUCUCUCCGCGAGAUCCGUACUUUGGACGGCGCUAUCGUGGAAGAUGAAUUCGAUGAAGAUGCAAUGAAUUAUGAGAUUCUCAUGGAAAAGCUCGAGAAUCUGCUGGAAGUCCUAAACUACGAGGCUUAA